ACAACUUCCGGAUAAAUAUGACGGGCACGUUGGAUAAUGCGAAUCCGACGGUUUACGAGGCAACCAAGGAAAGACAGGUCACCCCUGAUGAAGAAAAUGACGAUGUAGUGGACAAGUUUGAUGACAGAGAAGUUUUCGAUUUGAUCAGAAAUAUUAAUGAUCCUGAACAUCCGCUGACAUUGGAGGAGCUGAAUGUUGUGGAGAAUUCUAAAGUGCAGGUCGAUGAUGAAAGCAGCCAAGUAAAGGUUGAGUUUACCCCUACUAUUCCACAUUGUAGUAUGGCAACACUGAUUGGUCUGUCUAUAAGGGUCAAACUUCUCCGUGCCUUACCUACUCGAUUCAAGGUUGAUGUUACCAUUACUCCAGGGAGUCAUGCAUCAGAAGAGGCAGUAAACAAGCAGCUUGCUGAUAAAGAGAGAGUGACAGCAGCCUUAGAGAAUAGUCACCUCUUAGAAGUGGUCAACCAGUGUUUGGCCACCAAGAGAGGUUGACCAACUGGACAUGAUCCCAACAUUACAGAGCUGCACAGUUGGACUUUAAUAGUUGUGAAAGACAUCCAUAAUUUCACUUGUUUUCUUAAUGAGAUUAAGAUCUCAAUUGUGACUUUAACCUGCAAGUAGAACACUCAAUAAUCAGGUACAAUAAAGGAUUACCUUACUGGCAUGAGAUGACAAAGAACUGCCAAGUAAGAAAAGUGGUACACUUUGCUUAUCUAUAGGAAAUCAAGCAUUGAUUGAUCUUAUGCAUGAUACCAGUCGUUUUGAAAUGAGAGAAAGUUACAGUACAUCCAGUAACACUAAAGAAUACUUUAAUGUUGGAGUAACACUUGGUAUUAGAUAUUUGUUUUAUAAGAGAAUGAACAGGUAGGACACUCUACUGAAUGAGUUAAAGGGACAUUUAUAUUAUUGGUAGGUAUCAGGUUUAUCUUACCCAGGUAUGACACUCCUUCUUCAGUAAAGAACUUGCCCUAUCUUUACCAGGGUUACGGAAAUGCUUAUAGAAUUUUUUUUUUUUUUUUUUUAACUUUUUUUUAGUCCUUAACCAGGAGCCUUGAUUUCCUUUGCCUCUAAAAGAGAACCAAUUGAAAAGACCCUUACUUUCUGUAAAAUCAUUUUUUGUGGGUCUGAAUUUCUUGGUUUUUUUUUAAAAAUAUGUAUGUUUUUGUAGGCAAUUUGUGAGUAAAUCUUAAUCACAAAAUUAACCUGUACUAUAAUAAAAGUUAACUUUUAUGUGUUUAUCACAUUGUGGACAUUUCGUAGGUUAAGAACACCCACAUUUACAGUCCUCGCUGAAUGCUAAAAAGAAUUUUUCGGUCGUUGAGUUGAUUAGUAGCAGGUAGUGUCUUGUCAUGCUUGUCAUGCUGACAAGUGCUUUGUCAUUGCAUAUUCCAGCUGAACCAGCUGGUCACUGUCUGAUAGAUCUUCUCCUUAAUAAGUUACAAAUUGUCUUACAAAUCUGUGAUAACAUUGCUCAAAGGCUGUAUGUGCACACACCCAUUCCUCCCUCCUCCCCCCCCCCCACCCCCGCCCCACACACAUGCACACACCCAUCUCUGCCCCCUCCCCACACACACCAUCCCCAGCCUCUCCCUACACACACACGCACACACCCAUCCCCCUCCCCCCACACCCCUCCUCCACACACAUAUCCCUGCCCCCUCCCCACACACACCAUCCCCGACCCCUCCCCCCACACACCCCCAUGCAAUGUGUGUAAUGGGAAUUCAUGUGCUCAGAGUAAUGUGUAUGUGUAGAUAUCAAUAUAUUAAAUGUUUCACGAUAUUGAAUUAGUUUUUGUGUCAUGCAAAACUGAAAAUGCUUUUUAUGUAAAUAAAACAACAAUUUACAAGCCUUAA